AUGGAAUGUAAAUGUGUCGAAUGUGUUACUUCUCAAGUUAUGGAUAGUGACUACAAAAGAGACAUGCAAAAUUUAGUUCUUAAAUUAGGUAGAAUUAUUUUUCAAGCAAUUCAAGAAAGAAGGAAUAAAUUACCAACUCAAACUUUAACACAAAAACUAUUUCACGGAGAUAUUUGUUCAAAGCAGGCCUUAGAUCAAAUUGCUCGUAUUUUUAAAUCCUUAAAAUAUUUCACUUACACUAAUGGAGAAUAUCAUAGUUCUAAUAACAACACAGCCAUUACUUUUAAAUUUUCUUAUGAAUGGAACUUUGUAGAAAUUGAUAAUAAUAUUGAUCAUAUAAUUACUAUUGGUAAAGAAUGGUAUAAACCUUUCUUGGAAUAUUUAUAUAAAAUGGAUCGUUGGAGUCGUUAUUGUUGGAAACAUAUAUCAAAUAACGAUAAAAUCGAUGAAUUUUUAGAAAAUAUUGUGAGCUAUAUACCUGAAUUUAAAUAUUUAUAUGACUUUCAUUGGAAUAAUGAAACUUAUAAUCAACUUCAAGAUCCAUGCGUUCUACUUUUGGCAUCAGAUUGUGGUGUAUUUGCUAUUAUAGUGAUAAAAUUUUGGCAUCAAUAUUUAGAUGAUGAUGAAGAACCUGAAGUAUAUGAUAAAUAUCACGAAUGGGUCAAAACUUAUAAAGCACAUGCAGCUGAAAAACAUGGAAAUAAAUUAGCAACUGUAAUUGGAGCUACGUACACUAAUAAUCCUGAUGUGAUGGAACCUCUUGAAUUUGUGGAUGAAAUUGACCUUUCAAUCGCUCGCGCCGUUAACUUUUAUACUCCAAAAUCAUCAUCAUCAUUAAAAGACGUUCAACUUUAUUCAG